AGAGAUGAACACUCUCAUUUACACAGCUGGUGGCACACAGGUCGCUUGUGGUACAGGAAUAAAAUAUAGCCCUGGCACGCUGAGACUGGUGGAGCAGCACCAGCGCCAGGCAGGAUGUCCGAAUCUAAUGUCCAGUCCAAGAAGGCUGGCAUCCGGGCCGCUGUCAUCCUUAUCGGACUACUGCACAAGAAUAGGAGACAAAAGGAAAGAGAGAGGGAGAGAGAAAAAGAGCGGAAACAAGAGCUGCUGACCAUCUCCAGUGUACCUCUGGGAGAAUGUCCACCAUCACCACCCCGCACUGCGCCACCUACAAUGAAGUCUGCUGAGUUCUUCGACAUGCUGGAAAGGAUGCAGCUUCCUAAAUAUGAGGAGACUAAGAAGCACAAGGAUGAUUACAUCCCAUACCCCCGAAUAGAAGAUGUGUUGGAAAGGGGCGGCCCAUACCCUCAGGUGAUCCUGCCUCAGUUUGGAGGUUACUGGAUAGAGGAUGCAGAAGCGCCAGUGGGCACCCCGACAUCCUCGGACAGUAGUUUUUGUGAGGAGGAGGAGGCUGAUGGGACGGGUCCUGGGGGAGGAGGCGGUUUCAGCUACCGGCUCGACAGCAACAGCACAGCACGAGCUUACCGCAAGCACUUUUUGGGCACAGAACACAUGAACUAUUACUGUACAGGCAGCAGUUUGGGGCACCUCAUUAUGUCGUUGAAACAUGAGGAGGCUGAAGGUCAGGAAUUCCUUCGCAUUAUGCUCAGGUCAAAGACGAAGACACUUCAUGACAGGAUCCCAUUGGAGGGACUGCCUCAGCUGCCCAGUGUACCUCAGAUAGCCAAGCUGCUGUGUGAUGAUGUAACUAGUCUGAAGUUUAAUCCUGUCCUCUACCCAAGGGCAUCACAACUGGUUGUUGCGUUCGAUGAGCAUGAAGUUAACAACACCUUCAAGUUUGGGGUGAUAUAUCAGAAGUUUGGGCAGACAUCAGAAGAAGAGCUGUUUGGGAAUAAUGAAGAGACGCCAGCAUUUACAGAAUUCCUCAGUGUGCUGGGAGACAACAUAGAACUGCAGGAUUUUAAAGGGUUCCGAGGGGGUCUGGAUGUGUCUCAUGGACAGACCGGCUCUGAGUCAGUCUACACCGUGUACAGAAACAGAGAAAUCAUGUUCCAUGUCUCAACUAAACUUCCUUUCACAGAGGGAGACGUACAGCAGCUACAGAGGAAAAGACACAUUGGGAAUGAUAUUGUUGCCGCAGUGUUCCAGGAAGAGCCCACUCCAUUUGUACCCGAUAUGAUUGCCUCCAACUUUCUUCAUGCCUAUAUACUAGUGCAAGCUGAAAACCCCUGCACUAAACACACAACCUACAAGGUGUCUGUCACAGCCCGCGAGGACGUGCCUCCAUUUGGUCCACCUCUGCCCAACCCCGCCAUUUUUAAGAAGGGUCCAGAGUUUCGCGAAUUUCUGCUAACAAAACUGAUCAACGCUGAGAACGCUUGCUAUAAGUCUGACAAGUUUGCCAAGCUGGAGGGAAGGACACGAGCAGCACUUCUGGAUAACCUUCAUGAUGAGCUACACAGACAAACCCAGGCCACUAUUGGAGUGGGAUCAAUUACAGAGGAGGACAAACUGGAGAACGGAGGCCAUGGUGGCCUGUUGGAGUCUUUUAAAAGAGCGAUGCGGGUGAGGAGUCACUCCAUGGAGACGAUGGUGGGAUCUCACAAACACAAACCUGCAGGAGGAGGAGUUCCAUCUAGUACGAGUGGAGGAGGGCUUCCACAGGGCACAACUGAGUGUACCAAGAGCACUUUUACGCCUCCAGUGAUGUCAGCCAAGUCUCCUAUGAAGAGUCCAGUAAAACGCCGUUCAGGCCUUUUUCCCAGACUACACUCAAGCACAGAGAGCCCUACUGAGAGACAGCCACCUCGCAGUGAUCACAAAACAGCAGAUGUGUUCCCAGAGACGUCAUCUAACCCAAGUUCACCAGAGAUCUGUCCAAAUAAGGAAAGGCCGUUUGUAAAGCUAAAAGAGUGCAGCAGCAGGAGCAACAUCUCCCGCUCAUCAUCCAGCACCAGCAGCUUCAGCAGCACAGCAGGAGAGGGAGAGACGCUGGAGGAGCUGGACACGGUGGGAAAAGUAAAACUUCACCUUGGUCAAACUUGAAGGAUAUUCAAAUAUGAAUGUGACUACAGAGAGAUACCAGGCAGUGUAGCUUAAUUGGAGCCAAGAGACUUUCUGCCAAGGUUUGAAGAAACGAGGGACCAUCUGCUGUAUGCACCACCACCUUCAUCACUGCUCAGCCAGCAUGCACCCGUUUAUACACCGUACAUGAACACCAACCAGCCAGCUAAUACACAUACAAGGAUACAGGGAGUGGGUGAGCACAGAUGCCAAAGCAAGUCUUAAGGGAUAUAGGGCCACAGAUUGGACACAUGCUGUAUAAAUCUGUAAACAUUUGAAGUUUUGUUCAUGCUAAUGCUAAUUUUGUUAAAUACCGUUUAUGUUGAAGGCUAUUUGUGCUGUACUCAUUGUGAUUUUGCAGCAUUAGAAAACCUACAUUCACCUAUAGUAUGUAAUAGCUAAAACCAAGGGUACCAAAACAUGUAGGUCAGUCGCAAGCUUUGAAGCAAAUACAACUUCUAGCUUUUGUGAGUCUAUGCUGAUUUGAGUGUUUAGAUGCCUUAUGCAGGUCUAGUAUAAAAUAAAUAAACUUUUAAUGUGCUUUUUAUUUUGCUGUUUUAUAGUACAAGCACACAUCUGUGCCAGUAACUUAGAUACAGAGUUAUCAAAGUCUUUAUCAGAGACGUACAUGGUACUACAAAGGGGAUCAUAUGAUCAGAAAUUGAUCCUGUGAUUAGUUUUUUAUUCAUUUAUCCAGACAUUUAAGUGUCUUAGCUGAAGGACUGACCAGUGACCAUUAUGUUUCAAUUCAUUUAACACUGUUAUGCUGCUUUAGAGUCGUCCAAACCCUCCAAGCUGUGGCUUUACGCAGUGUUCACAAAUACACAAUUUAGCAUACAUCUCAAAUACACUGUUGCUAUUGAUUUUAAUAAAAGGUUUUUUUCUUACAUUGAUAACACGUUUUUGAUAUUUUUGUUUAUUUUUUUCUGAUGACUUGAAUUGUACAAAUACCACAACUACCGUUUCAGCACUCUGGUAAUUUCUUAAUAUGUAAAAUGUGACUUGUGAAUGUAUGUUUCUGUUUCCUUUAUAUACAAACCAAGCUAAGCACACUUUCUAAAGUGUCUGGGGAAAGUGGAAGGAUUCAUUUGCACCUUUUUCCCUAUAGAGGGAGCUGUUUGGUAGUUGAAACUCUGUGGGUGUGUGUGUGUGUACACAGCUUCGUCAGCCACUCAAAAGCUUUACACGUGUGUGAGUUUGACUGAACCUUGACUGAACCUUAAAGCACGGUGUGUUCACCAGUGCAUCUUUAUUUCAUAACAUGAUGCUGCAGCUGAAGCGAAUAGAAUGUGGUGUGGUGUGGUGUGGAGUAGUGCUGCUACUGCUCAGGAGUUUUAGUUGGACAGAUGAAGUACCAACAACAUUUUGUUUAUACUGACAUAAUUUAUUGCUUUUAGUGUUAAUGUCCUGUAAAAUAAAAUGAAGUAAAUGAAGAGGUAAAUAAGUGCAGAUCAUUUAAAAGUUUAUUCAUGUAUAUGUAUAUUUGGUUAUGUAAUGUGCCACUGAGAGUUUAUUAUAUAAUAAAAUGUUGUAUUUUGUGUCAAA